AUGGCGGCGCACGUUGCACUUCUGCUGCUGCUUCCAUUGACAGCCGGCACAUCCAUGUUUCUUACUGAGCCGUCGCCGAGCAGGUACCCUGGUGGCAGGGCGCAGGGACGGGCAUCCGGAAAGGACUACAAGACAAGUUGUCUUCUUGCGAUGCAAAGGACUCGUCACGACUGCACAGAAGUGCGGCGGCGAACUGCCGCUCGGGAGAGCCAUCGCGCAGACGUCAGCCCGGGUGCCCGUCAAGCCUUCAAGCCUGCACCCUGUGGAAGCUUUCCUCGGCUUGAGGAGAGAGCUUUUCGCACGGUAGGCAGGAAGCGCCUCAGCGCUGAAGACCAGAGCUGCUCCUGCGGCUGCACCUGGAUGGGAUUCUCACGACGCUUCCUCGGCAAGCUGUCGCCUCAAAACACGGCCGCAGGCCUGGCAAGUACCCUACGGGCAUCGCCCACGGCGCCCGCGGAGAGUGCUGAGAGCUUGUGGAGCUGCACGCCGAACGCAUGCGGCUUGGGCUGA